AAGAAGGGAAAAAUAGGAAGACACAUGGCGAGAGACUAUGUGGAUCCGCCAGCAGCUCCGCUGUUUGAUACGGCGGAGCUGAAGAAAUGGUCUUUUUACAGAGCCCUCAUUGCUGAAUUUGUUGCCACCUUUCUUUUCCUCUACGUUAGCGUCGCUACCGUUAUUGGCCACAAGAAGCAAGUUGGUCCCUGCGACGGCGUUGGACUUCUUGGUAUUUCAUGGGCUUUUGGUGGCAUGAUUUUUGUUCUUGUCUACUGUACUGCUGGCAUCUCUGGUGGGCAUAUAAACCCAGCAGUAACAUUUGGGCUAUUACUGGCAAGGAAGGUUUCAUUACUGAGAGCGGUGGCGUAUAUGGUGGCGCAAUGCUUAGGAGCCAUUUGCGGCGUUGGCUUAGUGAAAGGGUUUAUGAAGCAUGACUAUAACACGCAUGGCGGCGGUGCUAAUACCGUUGCAGUUGGCUACUCAACUGGCGCAGCAUUGGGUGCUGAGAUCAUUGGCACUUUUGUUCUUGUCUAUACCGUCUUCUCCGCCACCGACCCCAAACGCAAUUCACGUGAUUCCCACGUCCCCGUAUUAGCACCAUUGCCAAUUGGAUUCGCGGUGUUUAUGGUUCAUUUGGCCACUAUUCCCAUCACAGGAACUGGGAUCAAUCCUGCUAGGAGUUUUGGAGCUGCUGUCAUUUACAACCAUACCACAGCUUGGAAUGACCAUUGGAUCUUCUGGGUUGGACCCUUUCUGGGAGCAUUGGCUGCUGCUCUCUAUUACCAGCAACUUCUGCGAGCUCAAGCUGCCAAAACUUUGAGCUCCUUUCACAGCAACUCCAGCAUUUGAACAGCUAGUCUCUCAUCAUUAAUAAUGCUGUAUCUACCCAGCAUUAGGGUAGCACUUAAUUAACAAGUGUUAAUCAUCUUAAUUAAGUAGUGAUAAUCAUCUUUGCUGGGCCUCGAUUUACUUCUGCUUUCUGAUCUCAAUUUCUGUGGCUUAUAAAAUUUCAAGCAUUAUUUGGUUGUAUUAGUGCUAAAGAGCGAAGUUCUUGUUGUGAUCAGCAAUCAAGCACCAACAUUAGAAAUCCAA